UUGUUUUUUUUUCGUGUCUUCUACGUGAAUGCAUCAAGCAAUCGUUUCAGGGCGACUGAACACCUAAAUUUGUACAGGCUGGUUUAUCCAAAUAACGUACUUGUCGGUCUAGGCAAUGGUGUUUCUUUCAAUCGCGCGCAGGCGUUGCGUACAAUUUGUUGUUGCGCGUGGAUUUUUGAAAGGCACUGUAUUUUUCUCCUUUUACAGGAUGCUGAUCGCGAGAGACGAAGGCGGAGGUCGCGCUCAGCAUCACGGUCACGCUCUCGCACCGAAAAAAGGUCGUCACGGCGGAGCAAAUCGCCUAAGCAUAAACGUCGCCGUCGAUCCACAUCAUACUCGGGCUCGUCUGAAAGUAGUAGUUCGAGUGAGUCUUCGGAAUCCAGAAGUAGGUCACGAUCUCGCGAACGCACACCACCGAAGAAACGGAGGGAAAGGGAGCGAUCACUGAGCAGGAGUUCCGAAGACAGUGAGGAUGCUCGCGAAAGGCGAAAUCUGAAGAAGCAAAUCAAGGAAAAAGAACAAGCCUAUGUUUCGCGACUUACGAAAUGGGAGGCCCGUGAACGUCAGAAAGCUAAACAGUACGAGAGGGAAGAACGAAGGGAGAAAGACAGAAGGCGAGACAUCCUCAAAGAAGCAAAGAAACUAAAGCACUUCCUAGAAGACUACGAUGACGAGAAGGAUGAUCCCAAGUACUACAAAAGUUCCUCUCUUUUCCAACGUAAACGUGACUUUGAACGUGAGCGAGAAGCAGAUUCGAAGGAUCGGUUGCGAGAGCAACAGGAAAUUGAAGAGCUCCGCAAACAGAUUCUGGCUGAAAACAAAGACGUUAAGGACGUGGAUGAGGAAGCUCGCAGACGUCACUUUGAGAAGGUAAGCGGAUAUUCAGUGUCUCAGAUGAUUCCAUAUCAUUUGCCCAAGUUCAAGGAGGAAGCUGCUCUUCGCCGUCUUCGAGAAGACAGCGGUAGCCCUAAUCCUCAUCAGCCUCUUGGUCAACGAGACGGAGAUGGUGACAGCUCUAGCAGCAGCGCAGAAGAAAGUGAAGACGAGGAGGAUGGGAAAUCCGUAGACGGAAAGUCAAUUCCUGAUGAUGAAGAAGAAGAUACGAAAACACCAAAAAGUGAUGCCCCUCCCCCGACUACAACGCAUGAGGACCGCUGGAGAAGUGUGGAAGUCACAUCGCAGUCAACUCCUCUGAGUGUUUCCUCUCCUGUUACGUUACGUGGUGCAUCCUCCAGUACGUCUCUGCCAGCAGUACAACGUCCUGAGUUAAACUCUCGGCUUAAUGGAGUUUUUGGAGUCGAUGACGAAGACGAAGAGGGUGGCCGUAACAGGUUACGACCGUUUGAAAUUACCCAAGAAGAUCGGAUGGAGACCUUGACAACAGAUGAAAAGAAGCGGAUGGUGAAAGAUCUUAUCAACAAUAUACCGACUACCAAAGAGGAAUUAUUCGCUCACACAAUAGAUUGGCGUUAUGUUGACCGACCAUUGAUUGAACAACGUGUUCGGCCGUGGGUAGCGAAGAAAAUUAUGGAGUUUUUGGGUGAGGAAGAAGGAGCGCUAGUAGAUUUCGUCUGUGAAAAAGUAGCUAACAAAACUUCUCCGGAUCGUAUUCUAGGCGAUAUUGCU